AACCAAAAAAAAAAAGAUAAAACUAAAAAAUGACUGGUCGCGUGACUAGAAAUUUAUACGGUGGUCACCACGAGAUAUACCGUCUAUGUAAAAAUCUCUGCAGAACCUUGCGACUUGUUGUGGUCUCUCUCUCAAUAUUAAAUUGUUGAAUCGAGAAGGAGAGUUUGUUGGCUGACAUGAUCUCGCAGUUCUUUGUUUUGUCGCAGAGAGGCGAUAACAUCGUGUUUCGUGAUUACCGUGGUGAUGUGCAAAAAGGAAGUGCAGAGAUAUUUUUUCGUAAAGUAAAGUUCUGGAAAGAGGAUGGGGAAACCGAGGCUCCACCUGUCUUUAAUGUGGAUGGUGUCAACUACUUUCACGUAAAGGUGGUCGGAUUACUGUUUGUUGCAACCACAAGAGCAAACAUAUCACCAUCUCUUGUAUUGGAGCUUCUACAAAGAAUAGCACGUGUCACUAAAGAUUACCUUGGCAUCCUCAAUGAAGAUUCUAUAAGAAAAAACUUUGUGCUUAUGUAUGAAUUACUCGAUGAAGUUAUCGAUUUUGGUUAUGUGCAAACAACAUCGACUGAAGUUUUAAAGUCGUGUGUAUUUAACGAGCCAAUCAUGAUAGAAGCAGCACAUAUGCCACCUCUUGGUCCGGCUGCCCUAUUUAUGCAAGGGAACAAAAGAAUGCCGGGGACAGCUGUCACAAAAUCAGUUGUAGCUAAUGAACCCGGGGGUAGAAGGAGGGAGGAAAUUUUCGUCGAUAUAAUUGAAAAAAUAAGUCUUACGUUCAGCUCUAGUGGAUAUAUACUAACCUCCGAGAUAGAUGGCACUAUUCAAAUGAAGAGUUAUCUUUCGGGGAAUCCGGAAAUCCGAUUAGCGCUCAACGAGGACCUGAAUAUAGGAAGAGGUGGUAGAUCAGUAUACGACUAUGGUGGUUCUAGUGGAUCGGGAGCUGUUAUACUAGACGAUUGCAAUUUUCAUGAAUCGGUGCAUCUUGAUAGUUUUGAUGUGGAUAGAACUUUGACUCUCGUUCCACCUGAUGGUGAAUUUCCUGUUAUGAAUUACCGCAUGACUCAAGAAUUUAAGCCACCGUUCCGUAUUAACACCCUGAUUGAAGAAGCAGGAUCACUAAAGGCUGAGGUGAUUCUGAAAAUACGUGCUGAGUUCCCGCAAAAUAUAACUGCAAAUACAGUUGUAGUUCAGAUGCCGGUGCCAAAAUACACAUCCAGAGUUAGUUUCGAGUUGGAAUCUGGAGCAGUUGGACAAGUGACUGAUUUCAAAGAGCCGACUAAGAAAAUCGAGUGGGGGUUAAAAAAGAUUGUUGGUGGAUCCGAACAUACACUGCGUGCCAAAUUAACGUUUGCACAUGAAUCACAUGGCAAUAUAACAAAAGAAGCUGGACCCGUCAGCAUGACUUUCACUAUACCGAUGUACAACUGUUCAAGACUCCAGGUGAAAUACUUGCAGAUCGCUAAGAAGUCAAAAACUUAUAACCCGUAUCGUUGGGUUAGAUACGUCACCCAAGCAAAUUCCUAUGUUGCGCGUAUAUGAUUAAUUUGAGCGUCUGAGCUUUGGUUGUAAUUUCUCGAUUUUCUUCAUAGUUAUGUGUUUCAUCUCGCUAAGACAUUUUUAAAACUUGAUCAUAUUUCGCGUGACAUUAGAUCUUUUUAAUGUUGAACCGUGGAUUUUUUGAUAUGAGUUGCCCAUGAUCGUGUGGUAAUAAUUAAAACACGAGUGGUGGUGUAUUAUUAAUCUUCAUGUUAUACACAA